AUGUCGACGAAAAUGUUCGUGUUCUACGACGCUCAAAACUCGUUUUCCGAGUUCCAGCUUCCCGGAACGCUGGUGAGGGCGGAGAGCCAGCCGCCGACCAAAGAUAAAGCGGUCAACGACGCCUACGACAAUGUGGGUCGUGUUUUGUCGGUCUAUAAACAGCUGUUCCGCUGGAAUUCUGUCGACAAUCACAACAUGCACAUUAUUAGUACUGUACACUUUGGCGAGAACUACGAGAAUGCAUAUUGGGACCCUGAUCGGCUGCAAAUAGUAUUUGGAGACGGAGACGAGUUUCUAAACAACUUCACUAGUUGUGUAGACGUGAUUGGGCACGAAUUGACUCAUGCGGUCACAGAGAACACGUCGCCUCUUUUGUACUUUGGCCAAAGCGGUGCCCUCAAUGAGCACAUAUCCGACGUUUUCGGUAUCAUUGUAAAGCAGGUCGUCGAAAAGGAGGAUGCUGCUUCGGCUGACUGGCUCGUUGGUGAAGGUUGCAUUGCCCCUGGAGUCAAGGGCGUUGCCCUUCGGAGCAUGAAGGCCCCGGGGACAGCAUACGAUGAUCCCAGAUUUGGAAAGGAUCCUCAGCCAGACCAUUUCAAGUACUACAGGGCUACCUUUGAGGAUAAUGGGGGUGUUCACAUCUAUUCGGGGAUCCCCAACAAGGCCUUCUACCUCUGUUCAACAGCAUUUGGUGGUUACUCUUGGGAAAAGGCCGGAAAGAUUUAG